AUGGACAAUACGUCGUUUUUGAUCUCAUUGAUCAGCGGUGGAUGUGCUGGUACUAGUACCGAUCUCGCAUUCUUUCCCAUAGACACCUUAAAGACCAGACUACAGGCCAAGGGUGGGUUUUUCGCUAAUGGCGGUUGGCAUGGUAUUUACAAAGGAUUGGGAUCUGCUGUGGUGGCUUCGGCUCCGUCUGCUUCCUUGUUCUUCGUUACCUACGACACAUUGAAGACAACAACUAAAGAUAAGCUCCCGCAAACAGCCAGCCACAUGCUAGCUGCUUCUGCUGGAGAGAUUGCUGCGUGCCUUGUGCGUGUUCCUGCUGAGAUUGUGAAGCAGAGAACUCAAGCAGGACACAUUGGGGUGGGGAACAAGGCGACCCUGUGGGCAAACCUCAAAUACUUGCUCUUGAACAAGCUGGGAGAAGGAACUCUUCGAGGGCUUUAUAGAGGUUGGAAUUCUACCAUACUAAGAGAAAUUCCGUUCACGAUGAUCCAAUUCCCCUUGUACGAGAAGCUAAAGCAGCUCUGGACCAGUUACGACAAGAAGUCGAUAUCGCUAUUAAAGGGAGCCCUCUGUGGCUCUGUUGCCGGUGGCAUAGCAGCAGCCGCUACGACUCCCCUCGAUGUGAUCAAAACUAGAAUCAUGUUACAUAAGGAGCGUGUUGGUGUGGUGGCUCUAGUGAGGCAAAUGGCCCAUGAAGAAGGUCUUGGGGUUUUCCUCAGUGGAGUGGGCCCUAGGACAGCGUGGAUUAGUGCUGGAGGAGCCAUAUUUUUAGGCUGCUACGAGUUGGCUCAUUCCGUGCUAGAAGGGUACGUGAAGAGAUCCGGAACGUUGCAAUGA